CCUAGAAGAGAGAUCAAAAUGUUGAGCUUGAUUAAGUUGGUAGGGCAACAUGAAGCCUCUUUAUUCUUAUUCACCAUCCUAGUCAUCUUCUUAGUUGCUCUGUUCGGAUCUUUCCUCUCCAGAAAAGGAAGAAGAAGACUACCACCUUCUCCACUAAAACUCCCAAUUAUUGGAAACCUUCACAACCUUGGGUUGAACCUUCCCCGCUCACUUUGGCACUUAGCUAAGCACUUCGGGCCAUUCAUGCUGCUUCAUUUUGGCGCUGUGAAGGUGUUUAUUGUGUCCUCCGCUGAUGGUGCCCGAGAGAUCAUGAAAACCCAUGAUAUCAUAUUUGCAAACAGGCCGAGAUUAAGGGCCAUCCAGAAGCUCCUGUAUAAUUAUAGAGACGUUGGAUCAGCACCUUAUGGGGAGUACUGGAGGCAAAUCAAAAGCAUAUGUGUGCUGCAUCUUCUGAGUAACAGAAGGAUCCAGUCUUUUCGUGCCGUGAGAGAAGAAGAAACAGCCUUGAUGAUUGAUGAGAUUGAAAGGGCUACCCUUAUUCUGGAUGUUUUUACGGCCGGGAUGGACACUACAUACACAUCCCUAGAAUGGGCAAUGACAGAGCUAUUGAGGCACCCAAAUGUUAUGAAACAACUGCAAAAGGAGGUGAGAGAGAUUGCAGGUGAAAAAUCAUACAUACAAGAGAAGGAUUUGGAGAAGAUGCAUUAUUUGAAGGCUGUGCUCAAAGAGACUCUCCGUCUACACCCUCCAGUUCCAUUAUUAGGGGCCAGAGAAUCAACUCAAGAUGUUGAAGUGAUGGGCUACAACAUUGCAGCUGGAACUUGGGUUAUUGUGAAUGCUUGGGCAAUUGGAAGAGACCCCAUGUCAUGGGAACAACCAGAAGAAUUCAUUCCAGAGAGGUUUUUGGACAGCAGCAUAGAUUUCAAAGGGCAUGACUUCCAGUUGAUUCCUUUUGGGUCCGGAAGGCGGGGCUGUCCUGGUAUUCUCUUUGCAACAACAAUCAGUGAACUUUUCUUAGCAAAUAUUGUGCACAAGUUUGACUGGACUUUGCCUAGUGGAGUAAAAGAGAAGGAUAUAGACAUGACCGAAUCCAAUGGCCUAACCAUGCAUAGAAAAUUUCCUCUUAUUGCUAUUGCAAAUAAAUGUUCUUGCUAAUGUAAGACAUAUAAUAUGUAAGAGUCCAUAGAAAAUCAACUUUGGAAUAAUGAACCACAGUUUCAGAAGGGGAUUGGGUGAAGGAGCACAGGUUUGAACUCCUAUUAUGAAAGCGUAAAAGCUUUUUAUAUUAAUAAUAAAACUACUUCAAUUUG